UGAUGUAUACAGUGUGUUUCUAGGUUAGUAAAUUUUAAAAAAUCGCGAGAGAUGGCUUUUUUUUCAUAAACCUUGACGGUUCAAUCGCUUUUUGUGGAUGUGCUUCUAAUUAAUUAUGAUCGAAAUGGAUUCUUAUAUAAUGCAGAUUCGGCGAAUAUGGCUCAAUCAGGAUGGAGACGCGUUGGCGGAUCUUCUGUCACUGAGACACAAUCAUGUUUUGAUACCUCAAAUUGGAUCGGAAAGCGCUAUGACUAAAGCUAUGGAACAUUUGACAGCACCGUUAGAUGACCUGGUACUUUGUCACUUAAAAGCUGUUUCCGCCAUGAAUAAGAGCGACCCCUUUUCUAUGUACAAUUAUCAAAGUUCAGCCGUGCAAUGUCUCGCCAAGAUUCUUCAAAUGCAAAAGGAAGAAAACUGGAUGUUGCCGGUAAUGAACACAAUGUGUUUGGAGCUGAGAUUAUCGGCAAUAAGUGCGGAAAAUUCCAAGAACAAUAAAAAUCUAAAACCCGGCGAAGUUUUGGAGAAGUGUGCCGAGUGUCUGAUGGCUUGCUUCCGGGUUUGCGCGGCUGACAGCAGAAGCUCGGAGGAAGACACCAAACGAUGGGGAAUGCUAGCUCUGAUCAAUCAAUUGCUGAAAGUAUAUUUUAGAAUUAAUAAAUUGCACCUGUGCAAACCGUUAAUACGGGCUAUAGAAUCCUCCCCUUAUAAGGAUCAGUUUGCAUUGGCGCAACAAAUAACUUACAAGUUUUUUGUAGGGCGAAAAAACAUGUUUGACAGCGAUUACAAAACAGCUGAUGAAUACUUGACUUACGCCUUCGAGCGUUGUCACAUUCAAUGUAAAAAAAAUAAGAGAUUAAUCCUAACGUAUCUUGUGCCUGUGAAGAUGUUGCUGGGAUAUAUGCCGAAACGGAACCUUCUCGAGAAAUACAAUUUAAUGGAAUUUUGGGAGCUAACGGAAUCCGUGAGAAAAGGAGACUUACGCUCCUUAGAGAGCGUGAUGGCGAAACACGAAACUUUUUUCAUAGACGCCGGCAUUUAUUUGAUUGUGGAAAAACUCAAACUCAUCGCCUAUAGAAAUUUAUUCAAAAAAGUAUACUUGGCGUUGAAUACACAUCAAAUACCGGUGCAGAGUCUUCUGGUUGCGUUGCAAAUGUACGGGAUGGAUGGUAUAGAUAUGGACGAGACGGAAUGCAUUCUUGCAAAUUUGAUUUACGAAGGCAAAAUCAAAGGCUACAUAUCUUAUCAACAUAAAAAAUUGGUUAUAUCUAAACAAAAUCCUUUUCCUCCAUUAUCCUCGAUCGUAAUCUAGUAUUGUGCACUAUUAUUACAAUUACGUAAUUACUGUAUUAUCUUGCAAUAAAUUAUUUUCUACCA